AAUUCUGUAUACUUUCCCUUUGUAGUAAAUAUUCAAAACCUGUCAUAAGCCCAUCAUGUCGGAUGGAAUCAUGGCCCAAUCAGACAGAACUGUUUUUUCUACAUCUGAACAGGAGGCGUGUUCGUUUUCAUCAGCUCAGCCGCAGAGCAGCCACAAAGGCAAAUACCUGUUCACAGGGAGCAUCUGGUCCAUGAUGGCGCGACUGUGGGCUGCUCUGCUUCUAUCGAGCCUCGUGGCUGAGGUGUCGUCUUCAGGGGAGGAACCAGCCUCGUCCUGCACAUCUGGCUGGAGCCUGUUUGGAGACAGAUGCUUUGCCUUUUUUCCUGUGUGGAGCUCCUGGAGCGACGCAAAUUCGUUGUGCGCUCAGACGCAGAGUGAGCUUGUGUCUCUGAACACACGGGAGGAGCUUCGGUUUCUGCAUCAGCUGGCGAACACGAGCGCUCCUGUGUGGCUGGGACACCGAGCACAGAACGGGUCCUGCAGCGACGGGGCGCCGCUCAGCUCGGCUGCACGGACCGGUCACGCGCUGGAGCGAGCCUGCGUGGAGCUGGAACCAAGUGGAGAGCUGCACAGCGCCCCCUGUGGACAGCUCAGGUUCUACAUCUGCUCCACCAGCUGUUGCACCUCCGUCCUCCCCAGCAGGAAACCAGUCGAUCCAGAGCUUGUUCCCGGUGUGAGUUUGUUUGACACUGUGUGGAGUAAGAGCGACCUGCUGGUGGAGGAGAUUCUCCACUCAUCCUCCUUCCUCGGAGCUCUGGCUUCAGGUCGCCUGACAGAGCAGUGUUACACCCGCUUCCUCCAGCAGGAGGCGCUGUACCUGCGCAGAGUCAGCAUCACGCUGCAGACCCUGACUGCUCGUCUGCAGGAAGACGACGGCAUGAGGGCACUUCUGCUGGACACACUUCAACACUACAGGAGCAGAGUGGAGAGCUCUGACGCACCCCCCCCCCCAGAGUGGCUCCACCUGCCCCUGCAGGCCUUUCAUUCUGUGGUGUUAGAGGAUCCCGUCUACUGGCUGGUGGCGCUAUCGGCUCGAGCCUCGCUCCGUGAAUUCCUGGCUGGGGAACUGCUCCCUGAGCGGGUCCGACCUGAGCCUCAGGCUGUGAACCGGACCCUGUACCAGACGUGGAGCAGAGACGGCCUGCUCGAGGCCGCGUGGACGCAGAGGUACAGAGCCAUGAUUGAGGAACACCAGAACCAGAUGGACGUGUUUAAAGCCAUUAACAUCUUCAGAGCACACAUGAUGGGCCAGAAGAGCUUCUACAAGUCUGUCGUCUGUGAUGUUGAGGAUGAAGGGUGAGGAAGAGGAAGGACCAGGUCAAGUGACUCCACCACAGAACUUCAUAGGUGUCAUUUGCUUUACCUGACUGAAACUGUGCCAUUCAGAUGGUGAUGGGCUCAGUUCAUGACAAGCUACAAAGCAGCAUAAAGAUGAAAAGUAGGAUUUGAAGUCAUUUUGAUUUGGAUUAGUGAAUUUUAUAUUGCAGAAUGUUUAAUUGUUUGCUAGCUGAGGACAUAAGGGUUCCAGUUAUUGGACCUCUGACUAACUUUUCCACUGUCGUUCAGUCUGAGCUGCAUGCAGUGUUUCUGCACACAAUCUGCAUACUGCUUCCUGCUUAGAUAACAAAGGUUCAGGUUCCACUUCUGGAUGUGUUGGUCACCUGCUUAAAAAGGUUUCCCAAACUUCCCUUUAUCCCAUUUGAAUAUGUAUCAGUGUAGCAUGACGGCUUCUCAUGCAAGAAACCUGAGGCCUUGAAGUUUAAACCGCGCCGGCAACAACCGCUUCAUUAAAACCCUCAAGGCAAUUAACAAAAACUGAAUUUUGGUUUAUUGCAUUAAAAAAGACUCUUCAA